AAAAAAGGAAAUGGAACUAAAGUGAACUAAAGGUAAAACUGCGUCGUAUCGGUUUUUAAAAAUAAUAUAUGGAAAAUAGGUCCAUGAAAAGAGUUAUCUGUGAUUUUAGAUGAAAAUACAUAUAUUUAAAUAAUAUUUACAAGAUGUGCUCUGAGUUACCCAAAGAGUUUGAGAAAACUACAGAAGUUUUACCGUUUACAAAAUAUGGUAUAUCGACCAUACAAGAAUUUAGAAAAGCAGAAAAAGACAUACAACACUUAGAGUGGCUUAAAAAAGUAGGCUUGUCUAAUGAAGAAGUGAAGCUUUAUCAAGAAAAUGAAGCGGGCUUGAUAGAUCAGCGCAAGAAAAUUGAAUCCAGCAUCUUGAAAACUAAAUUGGAAGAUCUAUACAACAAAAUAAAGAACUAUCAAACUGCUGGCAGUUCGAAACAAAAAAAUGAAACAGCCGGUACAUCAACAAACAAAAAUGAGGAUAUGCAAGAGAGAAUCCAGAAAAGAUCUCUUAAAUUCUACCCUGAGGGUCAUCCAAUGAAUGAAUUAAAGGAGAUAGAAGAGGAUCUUUUUGGACAUUUGCGAAAUGAUAAUAUAAUGCCAAUAACUAAGCGACGCAAACUUUUACGACGCCUAGAAAGAAAGAAAGAAAGGGUUUUGAUGCAACAAAAACAGCUACGGCUUAAUUCAGUACAAUACCCACGAGAACAGUCCCCAAGUAAGCCAGGGAGCCUGUGGGAUGUACAGGAAAUACCUAACCGAGUUAGACCUGAAUGUGGGACGUCAAAGGAUAAAAUGAUAGGUCCAAGAAAGCCAACAAUGUACACAAUCAAGGACAGUAAAAUAGUGAGAUUGGAAUCAGUGCAAAGGGAAGACGACAAUGACAGUGAGGAGAAUGACUUCAGGGCAGUUGAUAUUGUGAUGCCAGUGAAUCCAGCCGAGGAACAGCUGCUGGAGGGCACAAAAAUGUGUCUAGACGAUAUAAAAAAGAUAGAACGAUUUAAAGAUUACGAGCCGGGGAUACCUUCGAAAGUACUUUAUUUGAAGAACAUUGCACCGUCAGUGUCGCAGGAGCAACUUUCACUACUUUUCAACCAGUUUCUACUUGACAAUGGUGGUCCCAUAGAUUUGCGUCUACUCACAGGACGGAUGAGAGGCCAGGCCUUUGUAACUUUCCAAACUGAAGAUUUAGCCAUAAAAGCCCUGGAUGAAGUCAACGGCACCAUAUUAAGCGGUCGACCCAUCAUUGCCCAAUUUGGCACGAAUAGCAUCCGAAUUCAAGAUGAUAAUAGAUAAGCGUCGUUUAUUUAAAAAAAAAUACUAAGUAGUUUUCUCAUAUUAUAAGGAUGUAAUAUCAUAUUACUGUGGUCUUCUAUUUAUAUUCAUUAAGAUUCAUUAUAGACUUAAAAUAUAUGUAAAUAAGAUUUAGAUUUAGUUGUUUCAUUUAUUUGAAAAUCUUUUAUUUAGCACGCAUUUCCUUUUCAUAUAAAUGAUAGAUGAAGUAGAUUGAAGUGGGCUCCAGUUGUCAUUUGUAUGAAAAAUAUAACUCUUCUCCAUUUUUGCGUAAUCUCACCUUAACUCUACAUAUUGUUUUUUUUUUUCAAUCAUUACUAUUUUUAACAGAAAUGUCCAGUAUUACAAUGUGAAUCAAUUAAUCUGAGUAUUAUAAUUAAAACAAAGACCAUGUUUUGUUUACUGACAAAAUUACACAAUUUGUAAAAAGAAAACUGUAUUCUUAGAAGUAAUAUUUACAGUGUUCACAUUAAUUUUAAGAGACAUUACUAAAGAUAACCAGUUAUUAUUUAAUUAAAUAAAAUGCAUAUUUUAUUUC